GCCGCCGCCGCUGCCGCUUCGCGCGCUCGCCGCCCAGCCGAGCUGCGCAUUCACUUCCGCCGGGCCAGGUCUCGUUCCCGCCGCCGCCGCGCGCACAGGCGCGCCCCCUUCAGGCACGCGCCCGCCUUCCCUCACUCCCUCACACGGACGACAACAACGCCUCGGGAGCGAGCCGGGGACAAGUUUGUGCCUCUCAUAGCAGCAGCGGCGGCGGACGAAAGCAGCUUGGGAGCGGACAGCCAUUGCUCCGCCCGCCCGGUCUUCCUCCUCCUCCUGAUCCUGCUGGCGCGGUAAGCUCUUCUGCCAUUGCCCUGCCCUUCUGCAUGGAGUGUGCCGCGCAAAAGCCGCAGAGAGGCUGCCGCCGCCGUAGCCGCCCGUACAAGAAGGAGGGACGGGGCGAACAUCUGGCUCUCCCAGAUGUUGGUGCGCAUGUUGGUGAGGAAGGGCGCCCAGCAUCCCCGUCGCUUUCCUUCUCCCUUUUGCAGGUCUUCGCCUCGCACCCCACCCCUCAGGUAGCUCGCCGUCUCCCGCCUUAGCGUCCGAGGCGAGCUCGGUCUCACUCGCGCACCUGAGGGAGACGUAGCCUAGCCAGAUGGAGAAAAUGGGCGAGCGGAGGUGUUUGUGUCGGGUUUCCUAGGCGGGUUGCUGGCAGGGUUUCUCCCGCGUUGGGUACGCAUUGCAUGACUGUCCUCGGCUCGUGGGCUCCCAGCCCUGAAGCUGUCCACCUGCCAAAUGUGCGUAUUGUGGGUGAACCAGGAGGGACCUGCCGAAAGCAUCCCCAAGGAAUAACGGUUUCCGAAAUAGAAGCGGCCAGUUAUAUAACUCCAUAAAGUGCACCGGGGGGUGCAAAAUGCUGCCGUUAUUAAGGACACGCUGCAUCCUCCUGCGCUCGGCAACGUUUGCCUCGAGUGGGCUGCGCCACCAUUAAAACAAACACACCGUUUAUUAUAUGACAACACUUCUUGCUUCGCCAUUGGCUAGCAAGCCUUUGGAUGUUCAUCAUCAGCCUUAAUAGUGCAAACAGUAUUUUUAGCAUCGGUAUUAUGAAGUCUUUUCAGGGUGAAUUUGGCAGCGGGCGGUGGGGAGGAGGAGAACCUAUGAAGUUGUACUGGUAAAAUUUUCCCAUAAGUUACAUAAUUUCUAACAGAGAUGAUGCUGGAUGCAAAUGAAGCUCUGAGUCAGCACUGUGUCACUAAUCACAAGUUUGCAUUGAGGUCACCAUGUUCUAGUCUUCAUCCUAAAGGGCAGGUCUAUGUUGGAAGAAGACAGGUCUUAUAUUUAUUUUCAUAAAAGGGCAUGUUUCCCUUUGCCACACAGUUCAGCUGUGUGGUUCAUUUAAAACAACAAUGUGGAAAGCAAUUUUGGGCUGUAUUGAUAGGUGAUAAAUUAUUAUUAAUAAUAAUUUAUUUCUAUAGCAGCAUCAGUGAGCAUAGAGCUUUACAGAGUCCUUAAGGACAUUCCAUACACUGGAGGUAGUUGGUGGAUUUUUGGGGGGUGGGUGGGGCAGCUGCUGCUGUUUUCAUCUCUUGCCCAGGGCUAAUAUGCUUAUGCAUUGUGUAAAUAACUGUGGCCAGCCUGAAGCCUAGCUGGAAUGUGCAUGCGAGUUGCUGUAGGAUGGUGAUAGGAAGAGUUCAAAAUAUUUACCAGGAAGCUUCCUUGCAAAAUGUUUUAUCGAUUGUUGUCGUUUCAUUUGUUUUUUGUUUUCUAAACUGCCUCAGGAAUAUCUAAUUGAAAGAUGGUUUAGACAUGUUUUAAAUAAAUAAAUAAAGUGUAUGCCUCAGCAAAACCCAAAAUGCAGCCUCACAGUAGACAUAAGAUCCAUAGUGACAAACCUGCUGUCUUUCGUGAACAUCUUGAGCCCAGCAACAUGUAGUCUGAGUUCUUGUCUCCGGUGGUGAGUGCACUCAUUCUUCAGCACUGGGACUUGGUUUGCCAUUAAAUGAAGAAAAGAGCUCCCUUAAGGAUAUGGAAUGUGCCAAGCUUCCUCCCAAACUCAGGCUUCAAGCAAUUUCUAAAAGCUCAUUUGGAACCCAAGCUCGCCCCAUCUUAACCCCCUCAAGGUUCACAGAAUCUUAGCACUACGACUCGCUCCCCUGGCCUCUGAGUAUGAGCCACCAAGCAUAGAUCAUAAUAGCCUCCAUAUGCCAGUAGUCCAGAAAAUGUACAACAUUUGGCUCAGUCUGGUUUAUCUCAAUUUUAUUGAAACAUAAAUUAUUGUCUUCCCUUUGAACGCCCCCUCCUGCAUUCAUAAAUAGACCAACACUUGAUAUUGUUUCAUUGGUAAAAUUAGAGGGAAAAUGACUAUUACUCAUACUUAUUCUAAGUACAAUCACAAGGGCUCCUGAUUGGAUGUCCGGCUAUGUGAUGCUGAAUGUUACCUGUUAUCUCUGUUCUUUGUUUUUGUUUAAAUUCACGAACCAAGAACUUACACAUUGAUCACUAAUAAUGAACCAUAUGUUAUAGAUAUUACUGAAAAUUUAUUAUGCUAUUUUUGUGAUAUACAAAUGAAAUAAGAAGGUUUGGUAUAUUUAUUUGUAUUAUUAUUCCUACGAUCUUUAUUUAUAAAAUCCAAUAAAAGGUUAUUAAAAAUAAUAGCCUUCAUAUUUUGAGAACUAAGGAGAACACUUGAACAGACCAGGAAACACACCCCAGCUCUACUCUUUGGGGAAACUGUACCCAAACUGCAGCAACCUCUCUCUUGCUCACUUCAACCCCUCCCAGAAGUCAAUAUUGCAACCCAACCAAAUCCAUGCAUAUACAGGUGAAACUCGGAAAAUUAGAAUAUUGUGGAAAAGUUCAUUUAUUUUAGUAAUUCAACUUAAAAGGUGAAACUAAUCUAUGAGAUAGACUCAUGACAUGCAAAGUGAGAUAUGUCAAGCCUUUAUUUGUUAUAAUUGUGAUAAUCAUGGUGUACAGCUGAUGAAAACCCCACCAACAGUCUCAGAAAAUAGAAUAUUAAAUGAAAUCAGCAAAACAAGGACUGCAAAUAGAGCAAUAUUGGACCUCUGAGAAGUAGACGCAUGCAUAUGUACUCAUUACUUGGUUUGGGCCCCUUUUGCAUCAAUUACUGCCUCAAUGUUGCAUGGCAUGGAUGCUAUCAGCCUGUGGCACUGCUGAGGUGUUAUGGAAGACCAGGAAGCUUCAAUAGCAGCCUUCAGCUCUUCUGCAUUGCUCGGUCUCAUGUCUCUCAUCUUUCUCUUGGCAAAGAUUUGGGGAGCCAUCCCCCCUGACUCUCCCCUCCCUUCUCCACAGCACUGGACGAGCCCUGGUGGCUGCUUACCUGUGUCUUGCAAGCUGCAGGGGCUGGCGGCGGCAGCGAGGGGACGAUGAGUGGUGCAUGAAAGGGCUCCAGAGAAGGGCUGCUUAAAAUGGCUGCUGGCACCAACAAAGCCCAGCCCCCUUCCUCCUCUAGGCAGGGCAGGAAGAAGCCAGGAGGGAGGGAGGAGGUGCCGGCACCACCACCAAGGGAAGGAAAGGGAAAGAGUGCAUGUGCGAUUCCCGGACCAUCCGCGGGCCGGAUCCAGAAGGCAAUUGAGCCUGAUCCGGCCCACAGGCCUUAGUUUGCCGACCCAUGCCUUAUCCCUUCCCUGUUUUGGUUUUUGGAGAGGAACAGCAAUGGGGGGAAGCAAAAAAGAUUGGUUAAUGCAAUACUAUUUAAUUGAAUUUAAAAAAAAAUUGGAGUGGGCAGAGCCCUAUAGUCUAUGAUAAAGGAGUCUUCAUUAUCCACAACAAACUCUUCUAGCUUCAGCGUAAUUCAGUAAAGUAGCAUCCAGAAAAACUGUUGUUGAAAUCUAAAAGCUUUUGCGUUCUCAGUUUUACUGGGUUUCCCUGUAUUUCCUUAGAACUAAUUUGAUUGUUCUUACUUUUGUGAUUCAGGGGAGCUUCACAGACCUUGAAAAUGUCUUCUGUCAAACGCCUUGUAUAUGCUGUCAUCCAUUUCUUGCGAGAACAGAGUCAGAUGGAUGCAUUCACAUCAGAUGAACAAGAAAGCUUGGAAGGUUUGUGGUGAUGACUGAAGAGUCAUGAUGCCUGAUGGAAGUGUUGAUGUCAAAUGUGUGAAAACCAAGAGAGGCAUUAAAGCUGUGUUUGUUUUAUUCUGUGCUGGAGGUUUUCAAGCAGAGACACCUUGUUAGAAGAUGACUAAUAGCAGACAGACUUCCCAGAAAGACAGCUUGUCGAAACACAACCAAUGUUCCCUUGCAGUGUGUAAUUCCUAGAGAGAGCUGGGUCAGGUUGCAGUGGGCAGCCAGGCCUGGCGCCUGGUUUGUCUACAUGCUGUGCAUAGUUAAACUGUGGAACUCACUCCCACCGGAGGCAGUGAUGGAAGCAGCAAUGGACACCAACUAGGGUGGCUUUAAAAGAGGAUUGGACAACUAUAUAAAGGAUAAGGCUUAUCAAUGGCAACUAGCCAUGAUGAUCUGUCUCCAUGAUCAGAAACAGCAAGGCUUCUAAAUGCCAGUUUCUGGAAACCACAAGAGGAGAGAAUGCUCUUGUGUUCGGGUCUUGCAUCCAGGUUUCCUGCAGGCAUCUGAGCAGCUACUAUGAGAACAGGAUGCUGCCAUAGAUGUCCCAUUGGCCUGAUCCUUAUGCUCUUAGUUUACAUGGAGCAACAAUGAGGCUCAGUUGGCAGGAAACCACAAACUGGGUAGCCAAAAAUUGCUUCUGGAGGCUGGUGAGGCUCAUCUUUCUUGCUUCAUACACCACGGAGGCACAGUAAAGUCUUCCAUGUGACAUGCUUAGAUCAAAGGCAAGGAUAGGGAGGUAUAGCUCUAGGUCUGCCCCUCUAUGUUGAGGGAAUGUCAGCUGGGAGUGGCUCCCAUCCUGCUUGGUAUGCAGUCAACUGGAGUUUCUCAGGGUACUUCCUACCCGAGAGUUGAAAGGAGAUGAUGGCAAAACCAUAGUUCAUUUGGGAGCCAUCUGUGGGCCAACAGCAGAUUCAUUACAUACAUGAAAUUGCCUUAUUCUGCACUGGAUGUUGAUGUGUGAUUGCUAGGCUGUAAAUGAACUGACCUGGACCCUGAGAUCAUCUGAGGCACUGCUUCAUGUUCCUCCUCCACAGGAGGUUUGGAGGAUGGCAACACGGGAUCAAGCCUUUUCAGUGGUGGCCCCCUUUCAUUCAGAACAGUGAACUGCAAUACUUGCAUAGGCAUAACCCAGCAAAAUAGAGUCAAAUGGAACUGACAUGCUGAGGGAUUGGAAAAAUUGUGCUUGAUUAGACAGUAGAAUUUUUCUCAGUGUAAGCAAUCCAAGCAUACGGUGAGAUUAAGUAGCAGGGGAAGAGAGAUGUUAAAGCUCAAGCAGAGCAUGAAGCAAUAUAGCUUCAUGAGAAGCUAUAUUGAGAAGGCUAUGGAUCAGGCUAUAGAUUGGGCUGGGGAACAUGGGACUCUCCAAAUUUUGGGGGCUCCAACUCCCAUUAUCCCCAGCCAGCAUUGCCACUGGUCAGGGAUGGUAGAAGCUGAAGUCCAACGUUCAUCUGGCACGUCACAGGCUUCCCACUCUUGACAUAUAUAUACAGUGGUACCUCAGGUUACAUACGCUUCAGGUUACAUAUGCUUCAGGUUACAGACUCCGCUAACCCAGAAAUAGUGCUUCAGGUUAAGAACUUUGCUUCAGGAUGAGAACAGAAAUCAUGCUCCGGCAGCGCAGCGGCAGCAGGAGGCCCCCAUUAGCUAAAGUGGUGCUUCAGGUCAAGAACAGUUUCAGGUUAAGAACAGACCUCCGGAACGAAUUAAGUACUUAACCAGAGGUACUACUGUAGUGUGACUGGUUGCACAGAUUGAGGGCAUAGACAGGAAUAGGAAGCUUAUACAGAAGCAAAGAGGAGUCAUGACCUAUUAAGGAAAAUGGGUGCAGCAAGAUGAUGGGACUAAUCAGGCAGGCAUCACAAAUUGCUUGGCAAUUGAGGCCCUUUGUAUGACUUACAAGACCUUUUACACUCUCCUAUAUAAAUAUAUGGGAAUUCUGAGUUCCUUGGCACAGCACGUACCUUGACCAGCAGAGUAUGGGCAGCAGGAAUUGAGCAACUUCAUGCAUGGAAGAAUCUGCCCCUUCAUCCCCCACCUUGCCAUACUCCCAGUAAUAAUAUAUGGGGUUGGCGGGAGAUGGAGCAUCAGUGGUGCCCUUCAAGUGGUGAUGCCCCUCCCCAGGAAUGGGAAAGGCAGGCCAGAGGUCCAGGGAACUCAUGAGUUUUUCAGUGGCUCCACAGGUGUGCACCUGUGGGCUGCUUCUAUUUUGGAGGUGCCCCCCCAAUACUUACUGUUACCCUGUUGUGCCCUUUUCCCCAUGCCAGUGAGUGCUGCUCUGCCCUUGUGUCAUGUGCCACUCUGGCAUACUCCCUUGUUUUUUCGCAGGUUUUUUCUUAACAUCAAAUGCAGUUUUGCUGGGGGAAUAUGUAUUCGGGGUUUUUUUAAGGCCUUGCUGGCCUGCAAAGAUUGAGGGUGUGAUUCCAUGUUGAGCUUGCUGGCUUGGAAAGCAUCUCAGCAAUAAAAAAGAAGGCAGCUUGGCUUUUUGUUAGGAAAAGUUUGUUAAAAUAAAUAAACAAUUGACAGGUUUUUUUGGAAAGGUUGGAAAUAAUUCCAGGUUAAAAGUUUCCUUUCCCAAAACAAAAGCAGUGUAAAUAUAUAGUGUUGUACUCAGCUUGGGGAAACCCAGGUGAAAAUCCAACCUGAACUGCAAAUCUUACCGGCUGACACCAAGCCCUAACCUCUCAGGUUUGUUGUGAGAGAGUAUCGGGUAUACAUUAGCUUCCUCCAUCGUGGUGUCCCUCUAAAUGUUUUGUGCUAUAGCUCUCAUCAUCGUAGGAUUAUUGGCCAUUCUGGUUGCGUCUGAUGGGAGUUUUGGUCCCAAACAGGAGGGGGCAUCAGUUUGGGGAAGGCUGAUGUACAUUACCUGAACUUUUUGGAGUAAGGGGGUAGGGGAACAGUGAAGCUGUUGCAAUAGUUUUACUACAAAACAUGCUCAUUAUUCUUUAACAGCAAAGUAACUUAAUAACGUUGAUAUCCUAUAAAACCAUUCUGAAUUCCAGAAAAUUGUUUGGAAGUAUCACAAACCUAAAUAAACUUUUAUUUGAAACCAUUUGUUUAUUUUAGACUGUUCUAUCCCAGGAGGUCAGAGUGCUUUAUAGCAAUUGCAAACAGAUGAUGCAGUUUGUUCUAGAAGGCCCGUUAUUAUUUUAGAAACUCUGCACCUUUGGUACUAAUGGAAGUUGUGCAGAUGACAUGUUCGUUUGUUUUUCUUGCUUGGAUAACACAUGCACUUUUGUUAAAUCAAACAUUUUUGUGACGUUAAAGAGAGAGAGAGAAAUAAAUAUUGCAAGUUAUCAAGAUAGGCCCAGUCUGUCCUUAUUUAGCCAUAGAGAGGAAUGAUUGCCCAGCUCUUGUUGCCUGUUGGAAAGAGUUGACACUGUAGGAGUACAUGAAUGUGGUUGGUCUCUGAUUGGUAUAGAAGCAAGCCCAAUUCAAACCAUGGGUUCUCCAGCUGACUUGAUUAACCAAACAGAGUUUGUUAUAAAUUUCAGUCCUCAGUCCAGAUGACACAACAAGCCAAGAUUCAGGGAAAAUAAGCCUAAAUGCUGCCAAAGUUGUGGGGCAGGAGAGAGGUUUUUGUGAGCCUAAGGAUCCCCUCAGGCUUGUUCUAGGUCAGGCUCAUAGCGUUAAACCAUGGUUUACCGUUUCUUGUGAAAGUGGCCAAAGGGUGUAGUUGACUUAGAAACUAGGAAGACGUGAUACAAACAGCCACACCAUUAUUUUUCCCAUAUGAAGUACAUUUCCAAAGAAAUUCUAAUCCAAAUUGCCUUUUGAUGGAGGCUGAGAAAGCUGACUAGUACUUAUAAAUAACUACUUAAAUCUAUAAGUACUUAUUGAUGAAGCACGUUCCUGUGGCCAGGUUCGUCAACUGAGUCUGGGUCAAUUGGUGUUGACUGAGAGAAGGCAGUGCUUUAUUGAUCCAUUACAUGUUAUAUUUGCUGAUUUGCACAGAUUUAGCUGCCAAAAUCCACCUCUGAUUUCUUUCAAGUUCUUUGGUUUCUGCCAUUAAUAACCUGCCUUUCUUCUAUCAUGGCAUACAUAUGGUCACUCUUCCGCAAUAGUGGGUUUGAUUCUGGUUUUAGUGAAUUGUCAUUAUAAGGCAGCAACCAUGGAAUGAAGAAUUUGUGUUACUUGUAUAUAUUGGUAAAUUAACAGGUGGUUUCCUUUUUAAAAAACAAAACAAAACAUAUUUCUCUACAGUGGCAAUUCAGUGUUUGGAGACAGUCUUUAAAAUUAAUUUGGAGGAUUCCCAUCUUGCAGUACCUAUACGUUUGACAGAAAUGUUUGAAGAUUCUUGUCACAAGGUAAGAUUGUAUUGGAGCAGAUAUGUUUAUAACUUAAAUAAUUUUAACAGGGCACAGUUAUUUGUUUUCUUAGGCGGUUUUAGUUCUAGCAUGUUAGUUGAAGAAAAGGGACUAGUGGUCUGGUUCAGACAAUCAUAUCUGCCCUUAAUAAGCUAAGAACAAAGAGCCUCACAUGCAACUCUUUUUCUACCGCUUUUGCAACAUGCCUGAAUUCAAUGAAGAAGCCACCAGUGAACCAUAGUUUGAACAGGAAAACUUGGUGGUCACCAUCUUUGGAACAAGCCAGAAUCUUAAACCAUGUGUUAGGCUUACUUAAACUUGUAGUCUUGUUCCAUCCUGUCUUGUUCCAAGGCUGGUAAGUAUAGUCAGUCUCCUGGUUUGGACAAGAGACUACCAUGUUUCAUUCAGGCCAGUAAAGGGUAGCAAAACAAACUGCAUGUGCAGGUAAAAGGUUCAUUCAUAUUUCAUCUUAUUAAGCCAAAAUAAUGAUUGUUCAAACACUGGUAAUCACUCAAAAGAGGCUUCAGUAAUAAGUAAAUAUAUACGUACAGAUGAACUAAAAAUGAAUAAAUACGCAAUAGUCACUAUCCUGAUAUGUGUGUGCCAAGUUUUUACUUGAAAGCAAGUGUUUAAUUUUAAAAUAAAUAAGACUUUUAUAUGGGUACAAAGGUUCUGAGGGUCAGGUACCUGUUACUGAGUUAACAGCUAGAUUACAAAUUUCCGGCACCCAGCGUUGAGCUGCAUGCAAGAAUCUGCAUAUUUAUUAAACAGGAUUUGCAAUAUUCACCACUUGUUUUAGGCAGAAGACAGUCACGUGCUCAGAUUAUAAUCAAUGUUGUAGAAGCUGACUGCAUGCAACUGAGUCCAGCAUGGAUCGUUGCACUUUCACACCCAACAGCUGGAUGUUUUGUUUUAAAACCCAAUGCAGUAAAUGCAAUUCAUACCUGAAUAUUCCAGAUUACUAUAUUAUUUUGAUAUGUGUCUCAGUUCCUUGAUGCACUUAAAAACGAGAGUAAUAUCCUUUAUACCAGUUGAUUUUUCUUGCCCUUUUUUUAGAUUAUUCAUCUGUACCUUGCAAAAUAAGCUAAUAUUAACUUAUUAGCCUGCUCAUUGCUGAUAGGCCCACUCUGGCUAAAUUUCCAUUUAAGAUUGGUAAUAGAGGUAGCUAAAUCUAGAUGAGAUUAUUUAAAAAAUGAGAUUUACCUUUCUUUAAAAUUCAUAUAGAAUGAGAUACUGCCUCUCUCAGAUUCUUUGCCAGAGGAUCUUGAGAAAGCUGACCAGCUGAAGGAUGAAGGUAUGUAACUGAGAAGAAGUAAACAUACCAUUCCAUUUUGCCAUAGCUUUCGUAGUUCAGUUGUCGGCCAUAUUGAAGUAUGGUUCAUGAAUGAUGCACACUAUUCAGGCUUCUAGCCAACCCUGUUAGUAGAAAACUGUUGGGUAUUGCAUUAGAUGCUGUAAAAUAGAAAGGAAUAGUCUGCUGGCUGCUCUGGAGGAAAUGAAAAAGCACAGGAACACUUAAAUGUAGAGCGCAAUCCUUACUUGGAAGUAGGGCUGCAAAGUUAGUGAGCUGGACUCAUUCAAUUAAAAACUUCUAAACUACUAAAAAGGUUCCCUCAUUUAAUUGGGCAGCAGUUAAAAUAUAUAUUUUAAUACAAACUUGUAUAAAAAACUGUGGGUGAGUAGUUCAGUCUUGGAAGAGGCAGUCUUCUUUCUCUUACACAGAGAGUGUGUGUCUUCUGAGAAGGUAACUGCUAUUAAACAAGGGAGGAAUUCAGUGUCACACUCUUGAAAUUGCUCUGACAGCAUAAGAUUUUCAGCUUGCCGGAUGGAAUAAUCCUCCAUUCUCCUCCCUCCCCAUCACCUACACUGUUCUGGAGGUUCUUCUGACCUCCCUUGGAGCCAAAUUUGGGGUGGCCAUGGGGGAGAAGCAGGGGGAGAAGCCACGCUACACAAGCAGAAGUCCUUGUGCAUGGCUUCCACUGAAAGGGCUUGUUGGGUGAUUUCUGCCCCCCAGGUAUUUUAUUAUCAUCAUACAAAAUGAAAAUAAAUAGAACAAAAUACUUAUUGCUUCAGAAAUAUGAUUUGUGCCUGUGUGCAAAUUUAAUUGCCUAUCUAAUUAGUAGAUUAACAUUUCUUUUAAUACACUUGCAGCUCUGUUUGGAAGUACAGUGGUGCCUCGCAAGACAAAAUUAAUUCAUUCCGCGAGUUUUGUCGUCUUGCAAUUUUUUUCGUCUUGCGAAGCACGGUGUCGGGAAAGUUUUGGAAAAGCUUCAAAAAUCACCAAAGUCUUUAAAAACCUCAAAAAAGGCUACCACACCGCGUUCUAUGAGUUGCUCCUCAAAGUCAAGUCGCAACUGUAUUAACGGUGUUAAGAAAAAGGAAACAAACUUGCAAGACGUUUCCGUCUUGCGAAGCAAGCCCAUAGGGAAAAUCGUCUUGCGAAGCAACUCAAAAAACCAAAAACCCUUUCGUCUAGCGAGUUUUUUGUCUUGCGAGGCAUUCGUCUUGCGAGGUACCACUGUAAUCCCACUGAAUUUAGUAAAACUUACUUCCAUAAAAGUGAGUUAGGUUCCUUGUCUCUGUUGUGUGCUGAUUGCAAGCAACACCUUUAAGGCAUGUUCCAUUCCCACCCCCCAAGGAAUGCUGGGCACUGUAGUUCGUUAAGGGUUGAUGGGAAUUGUAACUCUGUGAGGAAGAAGCUCACAGUGGCAGUGUUGAAUCCAGGAGCACUGCCAAACUGCAGACCUGCUCCCUCCAGAACAGGCCAUCUUCACACCUCCCUGAUGCGAUAACUCAGGAAACGUCCCAACUCAGUUUUCUCAGGAUUCAGCUUCAUUUUAUUGACCUACAUAAAGCCCAUCACCAUCUCCAAGCUCUCACCUCCACUGCCUCUCCUGAUUCAGAUGGAACAGAGAAAUGGAACAGAUAUAUUGAGUAACUGUUAAGUAUUUUAUAUAUACUGCAAACCCUUACAGUUGUUAUCCCGUUCACCCAUGCUGUAGGCCUAUGAAAUAGGUAAUAAAAGCUUCCCCUAUUUUAGAGAUUUGGGGGCACCAAGGCUGCAGUUCUGUGAUAUGUCCAAGGCCCCCACUCAUUUAUUGACACGGCAUCUAAACACAAAGCUUUCAGAUACAGUUAUAGUAUUCUAGCUACCAAACUAUACUGACUCGCUUAUUCUACCCAGUUUCCUCCUUGUUUAAUAUGACGAAAUCUCUUGAAUUUCCACAAGCAAAGGUCAUAUGUUGUGUCAUUUUGUAUCAAGGAAAAUUGCAUGGAAAAGGCAUGCAUAGUUCUAGUUGGCAUGUGUUAUACUGCUGAAAGCAAUUUGUUUCUGAAAAGACAAUUGCAAAGGGCAACAGAGUCAUAAAAGUGUUUUAUGUGGUGUAGUUUAUAACAAUCUGUGGCUGUUGUUUAAUACAUCAGCAUUCCAAUUAUCCACAAAAUUUUAUUGUUGCAAUUUAUUUCAGGUAAUAAUCACAUGAAGGAAGAAAAUUAUGGUGCUGCGGUGGAUUGUUAUACUCAGGCUAUAGAAUUGGAUCCAAAUAAUGCAGUUUAUUAUUGCAACAGGUAAAUAAACUUGGAACAAUGAAUUAUAUCAGUUUUACCAUCUGUCUAUAUGUCUACAGUUCCCCAGAACACGGCUCCAAACUCUUGUCCUUGUUUGAUCACCAGCAUGGUUUCCCCCCCCAUAAAAACUCCACUACAUUUCCUUAAGUAGUCCAGUUCAGUCCAUUGCGAAGUUAGUUUUGUUCAGGUGACUUUGCUGGGGAUAGCGUUGCAAUGCUAAAUAUAUUUCUUGGAAUUAAGUUCUGCUGAGAUUGAUUGGAAUUAAUUUCCAAGGAAACAUUAUUAGGAUUGGGCUGCAAAUUAGUUUAAAUGUUAGGAUGUCAACAUUACUGGAUUGGGUUGAUGAGUGGAUGGAUAGUCUCGUUGUUGAUAUACACUUUUCUUAGCUGCACUCUUUGUUCUUUUUCUUUUUCACUUCAGAGCUGCUGCUCAAAGUAAGUUGAGUAACCAUAAUGAAGCAAUAACGGACUGUGAAAGAGCUAUAGCAAUAGAUCCAAAAUAUAGCAAAGCAUAUGGAAGAAUGGGGUAAGUAAACCUAAUUUGUUUGAACAUCAAAUUAAAGUGUGUUGUCCUAACACACUUACACAUCAGAUAUCAAACUCUCGCCACACUUACAGUAUGCCCCUGGGAUAAUUUCUGAUCUCUUGGCAACUGCCUAUCAGAUUUAUUUUAUUCUACCAGUACAUCAACACUGCAGACUCUGUCUAAGAGGAGUCAAUAUGGAUGUCACUGAGAAUGAUACAGCAGCAAUAGCAACUAUUAAUUUCGUUUGGCCUAAAACAUUAUAUGUACAACUACAGUGCUAAUUGCAAUAAGAAACAUAUUUGAGUUAGAUGGUAUUGGUUAAGUUGGACCCUCUGUAAAAGAGACAUAAAGCUGGUGAGAUGAUACCGUUAUUGGGCUACCUAGGACUGCAGAUGUGCAAUUUUGAAUUUAGCUGAACCUUUCAACCUUUAGCUGAACAGCCAAAAUUACUAGUACAGUACAGGUAACUUGCACCUUACAUGGGGGUUAUGUUCCUGGCCAUUAUGCAUGCAAGCAAAACCAUGCAAAGCCAGAAUGACCCCUAGAAAGCAUUUACAUUUUUCCUAGAACCCUGCCCCCUUUUAAUUUUUUUGUCAAGCUUGAAAAGCUGCAUGCACACAAGUUAAAUGCAAGUAAGCGGCAGGCUUGCUGUAAAUUUCUCAUACGACUUUACUUUUAUUUUAUAUUUUGAAGAAUUUUAUCAUUUAUACAAGACAUCUGUUUUUGAAAAUUGAAGUUAACUUUUUUUGGGGGGGGAGUGCAAGUAGUUUGUCUUGUCUAGAGCACAGAAUAGCCUGGCACUGGCACUGAAUGAGGUACUGCCCCACCAACCCCACCCUGCCCCCAUCUGUCUGCCUUCUUACUUACAACCAGUCAGAAGGUGGCUCUGCUUGUCACUGGUUCUGGUUUCAGCUACCGUUGGGCUUCCUGCCUUCUGCUCUGCUAGUCUCAAUGGACACCAGCCAGUCAGUGUAGGCAACAGUCUAGUUCACUGCUGGGAGUUCCCUAACACCUCAAAGCCAAAACAAACUUAUUAUGUCUUAAAAGUUUUGUGGACUAGAGUCUACUUCCUUAGAAUUUAAGCAGCUUUUACAUUUUUUUCAUUUAAAUCAAUGCGAAUUAGAUCAGAAAAUACAAGUACUCUUUCAGAUUGGCUUUUUCACAUUGGCUUCCUUUGUUCGUAUCAGAUUGGCUCUGACUUCAAUGAACAAAUACCAAGAAGCAAUUAAUAGCUAUCGAAAAGCACUGGACCUUGAUCCAGAAAAUGACUCCUAUAAGUCAAAUCUGAAAAUAGCUGAACAGAAGUUAAGAGACAUGUCCAGUCCUGUAAGUUGGCUUUCAAACUAUUUAUUCAACGAUUGUAAUGACUCGGUGCUACUUUGUAUAGGAUUGAUGUGUAUAUUUAAUUUUCAGACUGGAACUGGAUUAAGUUUUGACAUGGCAAGCUUGAUAAACAAUCCUGCCUUCAUUAGCAUGGUAAGUUCAUUUAAAAUUAUUUUUUUGUGGUUUCCGUUUCAGGUCCUCCUUCUGUUUCAUAUCUUAUUUUGCUCUCCUGAAGAGCAAUUUAGAAACCUCAACUCUUCUUACUCAAUGCUGACAAACCCCAUGGUAGAUUGUCACUGAUUCUUUUGUUUUGCUAUAAUGAAUUCUGCUCCCAAGUCUUUGGAAUGCAUUUCACAAUAGUUUUGGGGAGGGUCUUAUGGCUGCUUAGAAACCGGACCUACAUUGUAUAUCCUGGUAAAAUGAGGUUUUCUAUGAGCCUCUCAAAACUGAGACCCCGUAAGGUGUUGGAUCCACAGCUGUUUGGAAUGGAACUCUGCCAACUGGGGGCUCUCAUAGGCAGACGGGAAGGAGGGAGAUGCAGUUUUUGCCAGUUGCCCCCUAAAUCCCCCCCUAUGCUACCUGAAAACCUGCUCCAGAAUGUUGGAACAUCUUCCAGAAGAGUGUGGGAGGUGGCUCUUAGAGCCGCAGAGGGCAAGGGAAAUUGGCAAAAAUUGCCUCGCCCCUUUUCCUCUAGCAGGAGCUUCCACUGGAUCCAGAUCGCUUCUGCAAAUUGAGAAAGCUCUUCUGUUUGCAAAACAGCAGGUUUGGAUCGAGCCCAAGGAAUUUGCUUGCCAGACAGCUUAGGGUUGGUCAAAGGUUUGACCUCUGUUCACAAUGCUUGGAAUUUCAAGCCGCCUCUUUAUUCACUGUGCUAUGGGCUAAACACUGGCUGCAUUACAACUCAAGGCAUUUCAUCUUUCAUUUCAGGCAGCGAGUUUAAUGCAGAAUCCUCAAGUUCAGCAACUGUAAGUAUGAACUAAGAAUGGAGUCUCUGUUGAAAGACAUAAGUGAAAAAGUCUUUGGCAUACCACAGAGGAUAUGGGGGUUUUUUUGGGGGGGGGGACUCUGAACUAGCAGUUUUCACCUCAUGGGCACACCUGUUCCUUCCCUCCUCCCACCCCCGCAGAAGGCACUUCCUAGGGCUAAAAAGUCAUUAAUCAUUUUUCUUGCUAGUAAUAAGCAGCAAUUCAGGGAUUGCCAAGAGCAAAAAUCUGUUAAAUAUUAUGUGUGCUGCAGAUAGGUGAAGAAGAGGCUUAAGACCCUAGAAUCAAAACUGACACUGGGAUCUCAGAGACAACAUAAUACAUGAACAGACCUUGAAUAGAUUGAAGGAGGCGCAGAAGACCAAUACUUUAUUAGCAAAUCAUACUUUUAUCAGCAAAAUAUUUUAUUGUUAUUCGGAAGAAUUCAACAGGAAUUUCUCAAGCACAGAUCCCCAUUGCAAUGACUCAGAAUUGUGCAAGAGAGCAGCUGUGCCUUCUAAAACUCCCAGUUGCUUUAAUUGGAGUUGUGCAAGGGAAAGUUGUGCCAAUUGACAUCCUUCCCAGAGCAACAGCUACAUUUACUUGUUGCUUAUUUUCUUUAUAUAAUAUGGCAGAGAACACUUGAUAAAUGUAUAUAUCUCACACACGCACACAUACACACACACUCUCUAAUGCCUCUAAUACAUUUCUCCAUGUAUCUAAAAUCUUGUAGGAUGUCGGGAAUGAUGACAAAUGCUAUAGGGGGCCCUGCGGCAGGUGUCGGCGGCCUCACUGAUCUGUCAAGUCUCAUACAUGCGUAAGUGACGUAUAUACUGCAAUUGCAAGUUAAUAUUUAUGAAAAUGAUUUAUUUAUGAGGUUCUUUUCAUUCAUAUGAAAUUUUAUAGACUGCUUGUCCGUAAGAAUGUUCAUGCAGUAUUAUGCAUGCAAAUACAGUACAUAAGAAGUAUAUUAGGACAUGAGUACACUAAAACAGUAUCGAACAGCAUAUAAAAUUCCUUCAUUAUCAACAAUGUCAGCCACAGGCAAAACUGGUUGUUCAGUUCAGUUGAUGAAAGCCUGGUUAAAUAGAAAAGUCUUCAUUGGGCGCCUGAAACUGAAAAUAGAACGUUUCCCUUUAAUGGUUAGUGGUACAGAAUUUUGCAAAGCUGGUGUAACCACUCUGAAGGCCCUGUUACUGGUAGUUUAAUACCUAACACAUGACACCAUUAGCAAGGCCUCAUCCACUGAAUGUAAAGGUUGGGCAGGGCUUAGGGACCAAUGGAAUAUUGAAAAUAGUCUAUUUUAAAGUUGUUUUAAAGGGGGCUGACUUAGUAGUUCUUGUUUUCUGUUGCCGUCGCUGGUUACAACUUCACAUCUAUGUUCUGAUCCUUUGAGCAUUGGGUCUGUGCUUUCCCUGUCUUUUCAGCAAAAUGAAGAGCAGCUUUCUAAAUUUCAUGUUUUUCUCAGCUUAGGGCAAAUGGGCUGUCUGAUUAGUACUUUCUUUCAGAGUUAAUUUGAGCUUUGGCUCCUGUGCUUUGAGUACAGCACAACAGUGGCUUCCCCUUGUUUACUGAUCUUUGUAAAAUAAAAACAAAAAUUUCUGUACAGAGGGCAGCAGUUUGCACAGCAGAUACAGCAGCAAAACCCGGAACUCAUAGAGCAGUUGCGGAACCACGUUCGAAGCAGAUCUUUCAGCGGCAGCACUGAAGAGCAUUCCUGAUUAAAAGCAGCAUGUGAUAGAACACUGUUUUACUAAUUCCAAAAGGCAUACUGUAGCUAGUAGCAAAUAUCACCAUUGUAAUUCUUCUCAGACAUGAGACUGGAAAUCCUUUGUGUGUAUUCCUUAUCGUCUGUUGAAAACAGAUUCAUUGCACACAGAUGUGAACAUAUCAUGUAUGUAUAUUGAUGCCUUUGUAAAUGGACUAUAAAUAAAACUGGUGACAGAUUAAAAUCUUUACAUAUAAGGCAGCAUUUUCGUAUCAAUGCACAAAAGCAUGCAAUUUUUCGUUCUCUUUUAAGAGAGUGGAUUUUUUGCACUAGGAUUGUGCGUUGAAAGAGAUCACCCACUUGUGGUGACAUAAUAUUACUUGUGGAGUAAUAAUGCUUGAUAGGCUAGUCAGUCCUAUGUAAAAUCUGUAUUCAAAAUAUAUUAAAUAAGGCAGCCUUUCCUCAAAACUGAAGGGUUGCUGCCGCCCCAGAGACAAGGCUGUGGCAAGCGAAAACAAUUUUGCAUGACUAAUGUUGCAUUUCUUACUUUAUAAGCUUAUAAAGUGAAGACUGCUUUUUUUCCACAUUGUGGGUCAUUACUAGGGUUUUUGAAAGGAAGGAGAGCAAUAGGUCUGAUUGUUGGAGUUGCUUCAGGCUAAGAUGUUGUGGUGGAAGAGGGAAAGAGGGUGAGUAAACCCUAAGCUGGGGGAGAAAUAAAUGGGUCUGUCUUGUAGGAGUUGGACCAGAAAGAUUUAAGCUGUGCAGAAUUUACGGGUCUAUGCAUAGGUACAGGCAAAGAGGGUACAGCAUGUAGGCUGACAAGCAGGGAGUACCUACUAAGUUUUCAAAGGGAGUGCUACUGUGAAAUAAUUGGAAACAUUUCUUAUAGGGCAGCUUGGGCUAGAUGUAAAAGGGGACGCUUGGCCUCCUUCUUUGCUAUACUUGUCUUAAUAGGCAGGACUUGCACAGCAGCAGUUCUGCAUUGCAAUGAAUGUAUUGAGAGGAGCAAGGAGAAGGAAAUUAUGAAAGCCAUAUUUAAAACUUGUGAUUGAGCAAUAGGUGAUUCUCAGUCUCCUUAUCAGUUUGUAAUGGAUGGAUAGCGGGGAGAAUUAUAGAAGCCCUAGCCAGAAAAGGUGCAGCAAGGGGUGUUGAGGAAAAAGCAGCGUAGAAUCAGAACAAAAGAUGGGGAUGAAAGUUUCCCCAGUAAUAUGCAGAAAUAGUCUCUCUGGCGUACACAGAACCCAAGAUUUUACCCUGGAGAUAGCUCUGAAAAUUUUGAUGGAAUGACACCAUGUUUUUAUAAAGAGAUGAGUUAUAUGCUCAUACUAUCUAUUCAAUGUAGUUGUCAUGUGCCUGUUUACGUAAUCUGUGGUUUAUGUAACCACGUAUUGGUUGCACAUUAGAAACUGUCUUAAGGGAAAUCUGACAGCAGAAAGUUAAUACAGUAUGUAUAUUGUAGAUUAUCUGAAGUCAGCUUUUUGUUAUCCCCUUUUAGUUCUGCCUUUGUUCUGAAUUUUUAUUUGUUGCUGUUGUCUUUAUGCCUCUUCCUUCCUGUACGCACCUCCUGUCACUAUAUUUUUUAUACUGUAAUUCCAACCAAACAUACUUAUGCAUUUCUGCAUAAAGUCUAUAACGAGAGAGACUUUCAGGCUAACAAUAUAUUGCCACAUUCAGGAAGUAGUUCAUUGGAGGAUAUUCAGAAUUCUGAGUGGGUGGGAGAGCACCAAGAGUGUUACAGUGCUGUUAACAUUUGACUUUUUCCUCAGCUACUCGCUCUACAAAGCAGCAGUUUUUGACCUUUGUUUUUCAAUAUACUUGGUCCCCAUUGACCUGUCCUUUUCCGAGUUCUCAAGUACCUUGGGUGUCUAGUUAUUGGCAUUAGGACAGUGCUUCAAACAUGUUUUCAUUCAGAAGUAGGAGUCGCUGCUGAGCAAGUGUAAUUAGAAUACUGAAAAUAUGGAAUAUAAAGCUUGCAGUAUAAAGGUACAACGCAAACUACUCAUUAAAUUGCUUUUGAGUAAUUAACAUUUAAAUUAAUUAGAAAUGGCAGUAGCUAUACACUGGUGUCCUGAAUUCACUGGGUAGAAAUAGUCCAGUGCUGAUUUAACCAGUCAUGAUAGUGUUUUCAAAAAGUAUGAUCAGAGAUGCAAUCUCCUUCAUGGCUACCACCCCAUAUUUAAGUUGCUGAUUAGCACCCGGUUCAGAUGUUCAGUGAACUAACCAGAUAAGAUAUGUUUGAAACAGCAGAAAGUGUUGCAUUUAUGGCAAACAACUAGCCUUUUCACACUGUUAGAUCAGGCAGACUGUUUUCCAAAUAAAAAUGCACAUUCCAAAUAACAGUUUAGGUAGCAGCUAUUCACACUCGAAUCUGUUCUUCAGUUUUCCAUAGAUGACUCAUGGAUCAGUCUUGUGUUGUUUGGAAUAAGUUUAAUAAAAGAACACUUAAAAUAAAGAAUAGUUUACUGUUUUCCAAUAUUGUCUGUAUAGUUUUUACUUCCCAUUUCUUGUUUCAUGAAGAAAUUGACUUUAUUGUACAAAUUGGUUUUAAACUAGGACUGUUUCUAGGGGUUUCUGUCUGCUAAUAAAACUAGUUUUCCCUAUCUGCAGCAUUAAGGAAGAAACAGCCUUGCUGUUGAAUCCUGCACCUAUAGUUUCCUUUUAAGUGUGUUAAGGGCUGAUUUAAUACAAUAAAUCCUCACUGUGUAUCAUUC